GGGGUUGAAAAUCAGGACAACAUUUCAGAAAAAACAUGUGGGUGGGUUGUUCCUAUCUUCCCUUCAAGGUGGUUGCUAUUUGUCAAAACAGCUUUUGUUCAGUGGGAUUGGCUACUCUAUGGAGUUAGAAUAGAAUUUCAUUUAGAAGGCCUUGAUAAACAUUUUUGUCUUUAUCAGUCCUUGUUCAAAGUGGGACCUGAGCAGGUGUAAGUAGGCAAGAUGUUCACAAUUGUCCUAUUGUUCUGCCUCACGUAUGGCAUCCAAGGUCAGCCUAACCCAGUGAUUGACAUAGCAGAGUUUACCUCAGUCAGGGGAGUCACUGAAUAUGUUCCCAACACUGCCAAACCAAUCUAUGCUUUCAGGGGUAUUCCAUAUGCAGCGCCUCCUGUUGGUGACCUCAGGUUCCGUGCCCCACAAACAGCUGAGCUUUGGAUUGGGGAACUAGAUGGCACUGCACACGGUCCAAUUUGUCCACAGACAAGAAUUGAUAUAAUGUCAGAAGAUUGCCUUCUCUUGAAUAUCUGGACUCCCACCUUGGAAGUCAACCAGAACUUGUCAACUCUGGUCUGGAUACAUGGAGGAUCAUUCCAAUGGGGAAGUGGUAACUCAAGAUCAGGGACAGAGUUGGCCUCAUUCGAAGAUGUCAUAGUGGUGACUAUUAACUACAGACUGGCAGUAAUGGGUUUUUUCACAACUGGUGAUGCCAAUGCUCCUGGGAACGUAGGUUUGAUGGAUGCACAGAUGGCCAUCCAGUGGCUGCGAACACAUAUUGGACGAUUUGGUGGAGAUCCUGAUUCAAUCACCAUUUUUGGGGAAAGUGCAGGUGGUAUGGCUGUGUCGGCCCUGGUGUUGUCUCCCUCCAGUCAAGGCUUAUUCAAGAGAGCUAUAUCUCAGAGUGGGACAUUAACGGCCCCUAACAGAGCCAACCCUUGGACAACUGCAGCCAGCCAGAGCAGAACUAUUGCAGAAAUUCUAGGGUGUGCCUGGACUUCAACUGAAGCAGUUGUUGAAUGCAUGCGUGGCUUGGAUUGGGAGGACAUUGAAUACCAUGGAACUGGUAUCCAACCAUAUCCAGCUAUUGAUGGGACAUGGUUACCUGACUGGCCCUUCAACAUGUAUAAUAUGGGGGAAUUUAACCGCAUAGAUUACCUACUGGGAUACAAUAGAGAUGAGGGUUACUUCUUCAUUUUUGGAGCUGAUCCCAAUAGGGAAAAUAUCCGGGAACUAUUCAGGGCUUAUAUUGCAAGGUACUACAAUGAGAAUGUUGAUGCCAUAACAGAGGCUGUCCUGCAGGAGUAUGUGGAUUUCAACCAGACAGACCCUGAUUAUUAUGUGUUUGCAUACUCAAAUCUGAUUGGUGAAUGCAGUUACAAUGGGCCAUCCAAUGAUGUUGCAAGGAAAACUGCAGCUCUAUACCCAAAUGUCUACAUGUACCACUUCAACCACAGGCCUGGGUGGUCCAGUAACUCAGAUUGGGUUACAGCGACACAUGGUGAUGAGAUCCCAUUUGUAUUUGGUGCUCCCUUCAGUGCCUCUGGGGGAAGCUACACAGAGCAGGGACGGGCACUCAGUAGACAAAUGAUGUCAUACUGGGCUAACUUUGCUAAGACAGGAAAUCCCAAUGGUGCAGGACUUCCUACAUGGCCCCGUGUGACCUGUCAGAACAUAGACUAUAUGGAACUGGUCUAUAAUCCUAGAGCAGAACAGAACUACGUGCCAAAUAGAAUGCGGGUCUGGAUGGAGACUGUACCUGCCCUUGAUACGUACCGGGCACAAUUCUACCGUGGCUUCCCCUGGUCAUGCCCAUCUCAAUAGAAGUUCUUGAAAUUUAAAUCAUAAACAAUUAAUCAACUUAUACAUGAGUUUCUGAGGCUUUAAAAACUCUGAAUAAACAUUGCGGGAAACAUUGUCUCUAUUUUUCAGGAUUCACCAGUUAUUUUCAAUGUACUUAACAAUCCAGAAAAGUUACAGCUAUUAUAAACUUGAUGAUAUAGUACUUAGACUAACUGUAAAUUAUUGUAAUUUAAGACAUAUUAGAUAUGGUAUCGUACACAUCUACCAUUUUUAUAAAAAUUAGAUUAAUGUCUGUAGACAUGCAUAAAUUGAAUGGAUUAUUUUUGGAAAAUAAAGUUCAUUUUUUAAGUUAAAGUCUAUAAAA